AUGUCUGCAUUCCAAUCACUUCAACGAAUACUCCCGUUGAAUGAAACUGCUGCUAGUUCCAAUGAUCAACAAGAGCUGCUUCCACCAAAUAAUCUUAUCAAAAGUUUAAAUGACAACACCAAUAUUCAAUCACUUGAACAUUUACGAAUAAUCGCAGAACAACAACAACAACACAAUGAAAAUGAUCCAACGACAACAAGCGUAGACAAAUUAAUUGAAUUCACUUCCAAAUUUGAAAUAUAUCAACAACAUAUUCAACAAUUUACCACCAAAUUAAAACCAGUUGGAAUUAUUCUACAAGAAUUUAAUCAAGAAUUGGGAUUAUUAUCUUCAAGUUUAGUAUCAUUACAACAACAAUCAAUUAAAUUAUCUAAAGAUUCUAAAUUACAAGCUGCUGUCACCGAAAAGUUAAAUCCAGUUAUAUUAGAUCUAAUGAUUCCACCUGAAUUAGUGAAGAGUAUUGUUAGUGGAGAUAUUGAUUCUCAAUUUAUUGAUAAUUUGAAAUUAAUAUCAGAAAAGAAACAAUUAAUUGAAAAUAUUAAAACCAAAAACAUUGAUAUUGAUUUAUCUGAAUUAUAUGGAGAUUCAAUUGCAUUAACCCAAUUAGAAACUGGGGUUCAUUUACUUGAAUGUAAAGCUGUUGAACGUAUACGUGAUUUUAUUAUUCAAAAAAUACGACAAUUGAGAUCAACAAAUUCAAAAGCUUCUUCUUCCCAAUUAAUUCAACAAAAACUUCUAGAAGUUAAAGAUAUUUUCCAAUUUCUUGUGGUUCAGCAUAAAGAGUUAGCCGAUCAAUUAAGAUUGGCAUAUAUUUAUACAAUGACUUGGUAUUAUAAGAGUAAAUUUGCAAAAUAUUUAUAUGCCCUUGAGAAAUUACAUUUACGUCCGGUUGAUUCAAGUAUUGUAUUGGGAGGUACAAAUGAUGAGAAAUCAAGUUAUAUGUUUGGAUCUUCUUGGAAAGGUUGGAUAUCUACGUCUUCAAGUCUUCAGCAAUCUUCAAGUAUUCCAAUUCCUUCCACCGGUUCCAAUACUACCGCCACCACGGCAUCAACAUUAACGAUAAAUGAAUACUUAUUAUCUUUUGAAAAGAGAUUAGAAAUAUUAUCACCUAAAACUAGAACUUGUGCCAUUCCAUCUCAAAUUGCAGAAACUUCACCAUUCACAUAUUGGGUAGAAUUUGUCUAUAAUCAAUUUUCAAUGGCUGUGAUUGAUAAUAUGGUGGUGGAAUAUCUCUUUAUGGUUGAAUUUUUCUAUCAAGGAAAUGAAAAAUUUGAUCCUAUUGAAAUUAAAUCCGAAGAUGAAUCAUCUGGUGUGUCCAAGAAAGGAGAAUGGGGUGAAGUUAUGUUUAAAGAUGUAUUUGAAAUGGGUCGAGAAUUCUUGACUUGGUUAGUAUGUGGUGAUAUUAAUGCACUGAUGUUAUCAGGAUCAACUCGGGCCCAACCUACUAUGUUUGGUACUUGUGAUGCAUUUGGUAUUUUGUUGAUUAUUAGAUUGAUUCAAAAUACUCAAAAUAAAUUACAUAAUGAAUUUCAUAUUCCAAUACUUGAUGAUUAUUUAAAUUCCUUGCUUUUAAUCCUUUGGCCUCAAUUUACGAAAGUAAUUGAUAUAAAUUGUGAUUCGAUGAAACGAGCAAUAUUGAGAUUUAAUAAAAGUUCAGGAUUGGCUCCUAUUAGUGUUACACAACAAUUUGCCCAAUUUUUGCUGUCAUUGUUAAGAUUAACUACCCCAGAUAAAGAUUAUCAUGGAGAACCAUUGUAUACAUCAGUUGUUCGAUUACGAAAUGAUUUUGAAAAUUGUUUGACAAAAUGUAGUACUCAUGCAAUGAAAAUAUUGAAUCAAAUGAUUUUAUUGAAGAACAAAUUCAACAUUUUGAUUUAUUAA